AUGCCGAGCAACAAACACUCCAGUAGCAAACCUCACAGCAGCAGCCGGCACAAACACAGCGAGGUGUCGAACCCUGCCUACUCGUAUUACCCAGACGAGAAUGCGCUGCACUACUACCGCUGGACAUCUCCUCCGGGCGUCAUGAAGAUCCUUUCCAUCAUCAUCAUCAUCUUCUGCGUGGCCAUCUUCGCCUGCGUGGCCUCUACACUGGCCUGGGACUAUGACAUGGGCAUGAUGGGGGGCAUGGGCGGGAUGCUGCCUGGCUAUGGGAGCUACGGCGGUGGCGGUGGCUACGGCGGCGGCAGUUUCGGUGGCAGCUACGGUGGUGGGGGUUCGUACUCGGGUGGCUCUGGCGGAUCGUACGGAAGCGGAAGUGGCUACGGCGGCUACGGUGGGAACAUGAACAUGGAUCCAAAGAGUGGAAAAGGCUUCAUCAUUGGAUUGGCGGGCAUCACCUUCAUCGCGGUGCUGGUCAUCUUCAUCCUGGUGGUGUCGCGGCAGAGCUCGUCCCGCAGCCACAAGUUCUACCUGGGCACCAUCGUGGUGGGCGCCAUUCUGGCCUUCCUCAUGCUCAUCGCUACCAUCGUCUACCUGGUGGCAGUGAACCCCACGGCCCAGAGCUCCGGCUCCAUGAUGUACAACCAGAUCCUGCAGCUGUGUGCACAGUACCAGAACCAGGACCAGGCCCAGGGGAUCUUCCUCAACCAGUAUUUCUACCACUACUGUGUCGUCGAGCCUCAAGAGGCCAUCGCCAUCGUGUUGGGCUUCCUUGUGGUCGUGGGCCUCAUUAUCUUGGUCGUGUUCGCGGCUAAAACUCGGAGUCAGAUCCGACGCUGGGGCGAGCACCGCAUCCUGUGGGAGGAGGUCAAAGUGCUGAACAACGGCACGCACCAUAACAGCAUCGGGGAGUGGGUGAAUAACGUGAGUGGAGACCCCGAGGUCCUGGUCAACUCCCCCAACGAGAAAGUGGGAGGUUCUCGGGACUUCCUUGAUCGUCUGGACCCAGGGAGACCCCUCUACCUGCCCGGGGACUCGGACGUGAGCAGCUCCAUCCUCGGCCCCAAACCUCGAGAUUACGACGCAGAGUCUGGAGACGAGCUGGAAGAUGAGGACUUCAGCAGCCUGUUUCCGCCGAUCCUGGACGAGUCGGAGCGCCUGUCGUAUAAGCGGGAGUUUGACCGGGACCACCAGGAGUACCGCGCUCUGCAGUCCGAGCUCGACCACAUAAACCAGGACCUGGCCUCAGUGGAGCGGGAGCUGGACCAGCACCCCGAGGGCAGCCCACAGUUUCUGGACGCUUUGGAUGAGUACAACAGACUCAAGGCCCUCAAGAAGUCUUCUCACUUUCAAAUCAAGAAGAAACGCUGCAAAUAUCUGCGCUCCAAGUUGUCCCACAUCAAGAGGAAGAUCAGCGAGUACGACCAAAGACCCUGA